AUGAACAAAACUCAUCUUCAAUGGCGUCUAGGAAAAUUAAGCAGCCUCCAGUUCUACGAUUGGGCACUUCAAAAUGAAAUUGACAAGCUCAAAGAAGCUAAAGCUAUUGUCUAUAGCUACCGAAAGUCAUCAAUUGCCAUUGGGAUCACUUCUCUAGCGCUGGACCCAUCAGGUCAAUUCCUUCUAUCAACUGGUGAAGACGGGAGCGUAGGUCUUUGGGCUUUAGAUGAAUCUAGGAAUGAAGAUCAACUAGUGAAUAAGCGAAUUCAGUUUGCUCCGGGAAAGUCUAGAGACGUGGGUCGAGAUAUUGACUACCAUUCCAAGACUCACGUAGUAGCAAGAAGAACUGCAUUUCAGACGGGCCGUAAUGGCCAAGAAUCUCGCAAAUUCUACGCGUCCGUGCAGCCUAGUAUCAGAAAUGCCCUUCGUGAUCCGCAAGAGGCAUCUCACACGUUCUCUAUUACGAGGGUUCAAUGGUAUCCUGCGGACAAUGGACUGUUCUUCACGGGCAGUAACGAUCAAAAAGUAAAUAUAUGGGACACUAACGCUUUCCAAGUUGUCAGCUCUCUGGAUUUGGCGCAUCGGGUGUCUCAGCUGGAUGCUCAUGGCGAUCUUAUAGCUGUAGCUACUGAGGACUCGCAUCCCCGUCUCAUCGACCUCAAGUCUAUGAGCGCUACCAUCAGUCUUGGCGUCAAGCGUACCGAAAUGCGUCAUGGGAUUAAUACCGCGAAGUUCUCUCGCAGUGAAUCUUCGGGUCCGCAGUUGCUCGCUACGGGCGACAACGAUGGAAACGUCCGUGUAUGGGACCUCCGAAUGAGUAACCGGGCGCUGUGUGACCUUACCGAACCCGACACUAUGGGCAAGGCGCAUGCGCGCUGCUGUAAUGAUAUAUGUUGGAACCCCUCUGGCACUCUAGAGCUUGUUACGACUGGAAACGACGGUAAAUGUAAGAUGUGGUCACUGGAUGGGUCUAAAUCGUACUUGCUUCGACAAUUGGGAGCCACUGAUUUGAUGGCUAACAGAUUUCGUCGGCGCACGUCGCACUAUCUUAUGUGGGAGGGCUCUUAUGUUUUCUGCAAUUCAGAUCACGGAGAAAUUGUCGUUUACCAAAGUCAUAGCGGGCGCCAGUGGCAUUCGUUCCAAUAUCCAUUGGGUGUGAGUAAAGAUAGACUUGCCACCCCCAGAUUUCAGAGCAUGGCGAUACAAACUAGACUUGCCAAUACCGUAGGAGUGAGACUGGUGCUGGGGACUGAUAACACCCAUGGUAAAAUGCUAGAAUAUAGAGUGUGA